GUAACUUCUGCAAUGCCUCAGAUUAUUGCAUCUGAAUAAGAUCUUUGCAUUUUUAUUUGCUUGGUGCAUCUUGUCUUUGCUUUUUGCAUCUUUACCUGACAUUUUAAGCAAUGAUGCACUUUAACAGAAGCAUUUUUUCUGAACUCCUUUACUAAGGACAUGGAAACAGAGUACAAUAAGACAUCUGGAGUUGUCUUGCUUGGGUUUAUUUAUAGCGCAAAUGAAAGGGGUCUCAUAGUCCCCAUUUUAAUUUUUUUGGUGAUACUAGGAAUUUCUGCAAACACACUUAUCAUGUUUAUUGUCUAUUUAAAGACUUUCUUAAGGUCACCCAAAAAUCUACUCAUCUGUAAUUUAUGUGCUGUGGACAUUUAUGGCAUUAUUACCACCUGUCCUUACUUCAUUGUUAAAUUUGUUAUAGGGGAUUUUACACCAAUGGACACAAAGCUUUGCUUGAUGCAGUACUACUUCUAUGUUGUAUUCAGCUGCCUUUCUGUUUUUACUGUGACGUUAAUGGCUGUUGACAGGUACUAUGUGAUCUGUAAUCCUUUUGAGUAUGAAAUGAAAGUUACAAAUGAAAGAGUCUUUUUAUCUUUAGCAGUGUCUUGGAUGUUUGCCAUUGUUUACCCAAUGUUUUAUGCUUUUUCAUAUAUUGGCCAUGACUCUUGCCAUCUGGUCUUGUCUUGCAGUUUCAUGUGUACCGGUUCUUCAUUGGAGGAAAGCAUGUGUAUACCCACAACCUUUCAGAGAGUAUACCGGCUCUUUAUGCUCUGUUCCCACCUUACCGUGUGUCUCAUUAUGGUUGGCUUUUCCUACGCCAAAAUCUUACAAGCAUCUCAGAGUGCCCGACUCUCAGACUCUUCACGCAAGGCUCUCAGCACAGUGGUCACACACAGCAUUGUUCUCGCCAUCUUCUUUGUGACAUCUCUUCUUCUUAUUGUUACUGGAAGCCUUCAAACAAGCAACAAGACUUGGGUAGAUGGAGCCAAUCCCAGAAAGAAGGGGUACAAGGCAAGAAUGAACCCUGGAUGGUACGUUAAAUCAUCAUGUGGCGCACACCCACACACCCUCACUAGCUUACCAAGCAAUACAACAGCAUGUUGCUGGACUGUGGCAGGAAAACCCCACAAAAUUCAACUGCCACAGAAAAGGAACCCAGUCAAGAAUGAAAGAAUCAAAAGAUGCAUUAAAUGAUCCUUACUGUGCCACAGUUCCACACUACAUCCAGUUAUUUAAUGAACUGUGAAUUGCUGCUGCUUUGAACACAACUCAUAUUGAAUUCAGUAAUUUCUGUUGAAAAUCGUUUGUUCAUAUGUAUGUUUAGUUUUUAAUUGUGAACCAUGUAACCUUGAUUUGCCUCUUCAAAAGAUUAUACCAUAAGUUUAGACAUUUGCAAAAUAUGUAUGCAAAACAAUUGGCAAAAAUUCAA